AUGGUGGCUGAUAUGGGAGAUUGUGUACAUCGGUUUGUGAGUGGGUUGGGACCACAUUUAGUUAAGGAGUGCUUGACGGCUUCACUCCAGGAUGGGAUGACUAUUGCUCGUAUCCAAGCCCACGCCCAAAACCUGGAGGAACAACACCAACCACAAAGAGGUGAACGUUAUUCGGAUGGAGGCCAAUCAGCAGCCAGUGCACCUCCUCGAUUUGCGGAUAGAAGAUUUAACCGUCCUACCUAUUCAGGACCAGAACAGAGUUCUAGGGUUUUAGGGUCCCAGUAUAGAGUUGAUUUUAACAAGACAGGGCAACCCCCACUACGGUGUUCUCGGUGUGGCAGGUCGCACGCUGGGCGGUGCUACCUAGAUACAGGUGCAUGUUUUGCCUGUGGUCGGACUGACCAUUUAAUGCGUGAUUGCCCACUAAGGUAUGAAGGAGACAGAGCCCAGCCCGCCGGAUCGGCAGUUGGUUCAUCAUCGACUGUGCGCCCUCCAGGAAAGACUUUCCAGGCUUCAGCGAGCCGUGGCCAAGGCAGAGGAGGAGGGGCACCCAGCUCAGCCGGUCCUCCGCACCGUAUAUAUGCAUUGGCAGGACGACAGGAUCCUGAACCUUCCUCGGAUGCGACUACAGGUUCCACUUUAUCGUAUACCGCUCUCUGUAUUGCUGAACAUAUUGGGAAUUGGAAAGUCUAG